CGAAAUGGCACUCUAACCUCACUCUUUCCUCGGCACUCAUCCCACUGAGAUGAAACAUUACAUAUUCCUUCUCUUCCUCAUCCUCGGCGUGUCCAGGGCUGUUGGCAACCCUGCAGCGGGUCAACCCUGGCGCUGGCUGUCUCCCUCGGCCGCCCGCGCGCCCUGUCCCCGGCGCCCUCGGGAAAGCCCGGAGCGGAGGGCCGGCUGGCGCUCGGAUCGUGGGUGGCACCGAGGCCAAGCCGCACCAGUGGCCCCACAUGGUGGCACUCUUCAUUGAUGACGUUGUGUUCUGUGGCGGCUCCCUCCUCUCCGACCAGUGGGUGGUCACCGCUGCGCACUGCAUGGAUCGCUCCCUGUUCGUGGAGGUGGUGAUGGGCGCCCAUAACAUCCAGGAGGCGGAGCCAAGCCAGGUCACGAUGACGUCAGAGAACAUCAUUGUCCACGAGGAAUGGGACAGCCACACGCUCAAAAAUGACAUCGCCCUCAUUCGUUUGCCAGAACCGGUGACUUCGAAUGAAUACAUUUCCUUCGUGGGUCUUCCCGACGCUGAUUUACCCUACGGAACGCCGGUCACUGCCACGGGAUGGGGAUUCACUUCCGAUGGUUCAACAGGCAUUUCGGACGUGUUGAACCAAGUCACGAUGAACGUAAUCGAACGCGAUGUGUGCGACGCCAUCUAUGGGGAACAAGGAGAAGGAGUGCUAUGCGUGGAUGCCAGCGGAGGAGGAAUCUGCGACGGUGACUCCGGCGGGCCCUUGGUCCACGAAAAACGCCUUUACGGCAUCACCUCCUACGCCUCCGCCCUUGGAUGCUCGUCUGGCUGGCCCGAAGGAUUCACUCGCGUCCUGCACUACCUGGCCUGGAUUGAGGAACAUACGGGUCUUGCGCCGGGAAAUUUCGUUUGAGAAGUUGAUGAAAUUUCGUUUGAAAAGUUGAUGUUUUCCCAACUUUUUUCUUUCUUUCCUUUUUUCUUUUUUUUUGAAAGAGGGGGGGGGGUUAAGGGUGAUCUAGGAGUAUAUAAGAAUUUUAUUUUUAUUUGUUUAUUAAUGAUUAUCUCCUGACUUAAACUACUUGGUUUGAAACAAUUCCGUAUGAAAAGUUGUUUUGAGAGAUAAUAUGGGGGGGGGGGGGUGAUCUAGGAGUUUCUAUGAUUUUUUUUUGUUUGAUUGUUUGCUUGGGUUAUUUGCUGACCAGAGGGAUUCCUCGUCCUACACUGCAUGGCUUGGAACAUACUGGUCCUACGCAAGAAAAAUUCGACUGAAGGUAUAAUAUUCUCCGUCUCUUUUUGAGCGGGGACUGCGGCUCAUUUGUUUAGACAGCUAUUUGGUUAAAGUUGAUUCAUCUUUGUAAUUUUUGUCUUCAUUAUUAUCAUUAUAAGAGAUAUCAUUAUCGUUGUUAUUAUUAUAAUUACGUUUUUAUUUAUCUUUUGUUUCUAUUUUGGGGAGUUAUUGGGGAAUAAAAUGAAUUCAAAGAU